CCUGCACACGCCGCCGGCUCCUGGCAGAGCGCGGUGCAGCGGGAGUGCGCGGGGCUCGCUGGCCGGAGCGGAGGGAGGAAAAGGAAGCGGGGCCCGAUCCUCCCCUGCGCACGGGGCCAGCGUCUCCAGCGCGCUGCGAGCCGGCGGCUGCACAGCUCAGCGGGGCUCUGCGCCUGAAGCCAGCGCGGACCUGCCCGGGCCCGGGGAGAGGGGACCCUGCUCCGCCUCGCCUCCAGCCCCGGCCUUUUCCCGACGCCCCCUCCCCGGCACGGAGCGCUGGAAAUGAAGAGAGUUUGCACUUUCUCCCUCUGCCUCUGGAUCCGGAUCGUCUCGGAGGCAGAUCUGGUGAGAGGCUAUUCUAUGACCCCACCUGUUCUCAGCAUUACUGAGGAGGAGCACAUCAUAAACUCCAAGGACACACUGACAAUUACCUGCAGAGGGCAGCACCCCCUGGAGUGGUCGUGGCCGGGAGGCAUGGUGAACCCUGCCCAGGGCGAAAAGGAGAACGAGACGGUGUUGGUGACGCUCAGCGUUGGCCGGACCAUCAGGGAGGAGGAAUGUGAGGGCAGCGAUACAAAACCCUACUGCAAGGUCUUGAUGCUGACAGGGACCCAGGCGAAUGACACGGGCUACUACCGGUGCUACUACAAAUACAUCAGCGCCAAAAUCGAGGGCACCACUGCGAUCAGCGUCUAUGUGUUCGUGAGAGAUUUUGAGCAGCCAUUUAUCAACAAACCUGAAACACUCCUCAUCAAUAAGAAAGAGAACACCUGGGUGCCCUGCUUGGUGUCCAUCCCAGAUCUGAACAUCACCCUGGCCUUGCCCACCCCCGUUAUCUACCCAGAUGGGAGAACGGUUCUCUGGGACAACAAGAAGGGGAUGCUGGUCCCCACUCACUUGAUCCGGGACUCCUUGCUUGUUCAGUGUGAAACCGUCAUUGACAAGAAGCCCUUCAAGUCCAAUUUCUUCAUUGUGCACAUCACAGGGAAUGAACUGUAUGACAUCCAGCUGUUUCCUAAGAAUGCCAUGGAGCUACUAAUGGGAGAAAAGCUGGUCCUCAACUGCACGGUGUGGGCCGAGUUUAACUCUGGAGUAAAUUUCCAAUGGGAUUAUCCUGGAAAACAGAUGCACCGGGCUGUCACUGAGCUGCCCGAGAGGCGCUCCCAGCAGACCCACACUGAGCUCUCCAGUAUCCUGAUCAUCCAAAAUGUGAGCCAGCAGGACCUGGGGAAAUACCUGUGUGUGGCCAGCAAUGGGGAGCAGACGUUCGAGGAGAGCACCGAUGUCAUUGUGCACGAGAAGCCCUUCAUCAACGUAGAGUGGAGGAAAGGCCCCGUGAUAGAAGCCACGGCAGGAGACGCAGUCGUGAAGCUGCCGGUGAAAGUCGUCGCCUACCCCCCGCCAGAGUUCCAGUGGUACAAGGACGGCAAGUUAAUUCCCAACAGGCAGGCUCCCUAUUCGCUGCAGAUCAAAGACGUGUCAGAACAGAACUCCGGGACGUACACCUUAGUUCUGUGGAACAAGCUAGCUGAGCUGGAGGAGCACAUCAACCUCCAAUUAAUAGUCAAUGUUCCUCCGCACAUCCACGAGAAGGAAGCCUCUUCCCGGGGCAUCUAUUCCCGUAGGAGCCACCAGGCGCUCACCUGUACGGUCUACGGCAUCCCGGCUCCCGAAGUAAUCCAGUGGCAGUGGAGGCCGUGGGGGCCUUGCCCGAAGGUCUCCCGACGUAGCCUCAUCAAGCAUCGAGCAGCAAGGAGCCACCAGUGGGACCGGAGCGAAAGGACUGAGUGCGAGGACUGGAAGGAUGUGUCCCAGCAGGAUGCUGUGAACCCCAUUGAGAGCAUCGACACCUGGACAGAGUCUGUGGAAGGAAGAAACAAGACGGUCAGCAAACUGGUGAUCCAGGAAGCCAAUGUUUCCGUCAUGUACAAAUGUGUUGCCUCCAACAAAGUGGGUAGAGAUGAACGGCUGAUCUACUUCUAUGUGACCACCAUUCCGGAUGGAUUUCAGAUUGAGUCUCAGCCCUCAGAGGAGCCCAUAGAGGGCCAGGACCUGAGGCUGAGCUGCAAUGCCGAUAACUACACCUAUGAGAACCUGCAGUGGUACCGACUGAACCUCUCGAAGCUGCACGACGAAGAAGGCAACCCACUAGUUCUUGACUGCAAGAACGUCCACCGCUACUCCACCAAGAUGCAAGGGGAGCUACGCUUUGAACCCAGCUCCAAUGGCACGGCCCUGCUGCUCACCAUCCCCAACAUCUCGCUGCGGGAGGAGGGAGACUACGUGUGUGAGGUGCAGAACCGGAAGACCAGAGAGAAGCACUGCCACAAAAAGUACAUCUCUGUGCAUGCCCUCGAAGUCCCCAGACUGAAGCAGAACCUAACGGAUAUAUCGGUGAAUGUCAGUGACUCGAUAGAGAUGCGCUGCAAGGUGGAUGGUGCUCACAUUCCUGACAUCAGCUGGUAUAAAGACGAGAAGCUGCUGGAAGAGGUUUCAGGGAUUGACCUGGCAGAUUCGAACCAGAGGCUGAGCAUCCAGAGGGUGAGAGAAGAGGAUGCUGGGCUCUACCUGUGCAGUGUCUGCAACGCCAAGGGCUGCGUGAACUCCUCGGCCAGCGUCUCUGUGGAAGGCUCCGAUGACCGGACCAACGUGGAGAUCGUGAUCCUCAUUGGGACCGGGGUCAUCGCUGUCUUCUUCUGGAUCCUCCUCAUCCUCAUCUUCUGCAACAUCAAAAGGCCUGCCCAUGCUGACAUCAAGACUGGCUACCUGUCUAUCAUCAUGGAUCCCGGCGCGGUUCCUCUGGAAGAGCAGUGCGAGUACCUGCCUUAUGACUCCAGCAAGUGGGAAUUCCCACGGGAGCGACUCCGGCUAGGUAAAGUCCUGGGCCAUGGCGCUUUCGGGAAGGUGGUGGAAGCCUCCGCAUUUGGGAUUAAUAAGAGUAACAGCUGUGAAACGGUGGCCGUUAAAAUGCUGAAAGAGGGAGCUACUGCAAGCGAGCACAAGGCACUGAUGUCGGAGCUGAAGAUCCUCAUCCACAUUGGAAACCACCUCAAUGUUGUUAACCUGCUGGGUGCCUGCACCAAACCGAAUGGUCCACUCAUGGUUAUUGUUGAGUUCUGUAAAUAUGGAAACCUCUCCAACUACCUGCGGACCAAACGGGAAGGAUUCAGCCCUUACAGGGAGAAAUCACCCAGACUGCGCAUGCAAGUCCAGUCUAUAGUAGAAGCAGUGAGAGCAGAUAGAAGGAGUCGCUCUGGUACCAGCGACAGUGCACUCUUCAACAGGCUUCUGAUGAGCAAGAGCCAGACAGCACAGCCUAUACAGGAAGUGGAUGAUUUGUGGCAGAGUCCACUGACAAUGGAAGACCUAAUCUGCUAUAGCUUCCAGGUGGCACGUGGAAUGGAGUUCCUGGCAUCCAGAAAGUGCAUUCACAGAGAUCUGGCAGCUCGCAACAUCCUGCUGUCAGAGAACAAUGUGGUGAAGAUCUGUGACUUUGGACUGGCUCGGGACAUCUACAAGGAUCCUGACUAUGUCAGGAAGGGCAGCGCACGCCUUCCUCUGAAGUGGAUGGCUCCAGAAAGCAUCUUUGACAAGGUCUACACAACCCAGAGUGAUGUCUGGUCCUUCGGAGUCCUCCUCUGGGAGAUAUUUUCACUAGGUGCCUCGCCCUACCCUGGCGUGCAGAUCAAUGAGGAGUUCUGCCAGAGACUGAAAGAUGGUACCAGGAUGAGAGCUCCAGAAUAUGCCACUGCAGAAAUUUAUCGUAUAAUGCUGAGCUGCUGGCAUGGGGACCCCAAAGAGAGACCAACUUUCUCAGAUCUGGUGGAGAUCCUCGGGGACCUUCUUCAGGAAAAUGUCCAACAGGAGGGGAAGGAUUACAUCCCACUGAAUGAUUCUCAGAGCUCCGAAGAUGACGGCUUCUCCCAAGUGCCUUCCUCUGCCCAGCAGAACUCUGAUGAAGAGGAGUUUGACAUGAGGCUACGCUGCCACAGUUUGGCAGCGAGAUACUAUAACUGUGUGUCAUUCCCUGGUUGUUUGACUGGAGGGAAUCAGAUAAGGUGUCCGUCCAGAAUAAAGACAUUUGAAGAGUUUCCCAUGACACACACAAUGUAUAAAACACACCCGGACAAUCAAACAGACAGUGGGAUGGUCCUGGCAUCUGAGGAAUUGGAGAGGAUAGAAAACAGACACAGGAAAGAAGGUGGUUUCAGUAAAGGGCCCAGUCAAAAUGUAGAGUUGGCAGCGGAACAGUCGGACCUGAGAGCCAGGUGUCGACCGUUGUAUCGGUCCCCAGUCGGAGGCCAGACUUUUUACAACAGUGAAUAUGGGGAACUGUCAGAACACUCAGAGGACAGCAGCUACACCCCACCCGGAGACGGGGCCAGUCCCUCCACCGUCCACGCGUCCUUCUUUUCAGAGCAGUAUUAACAGGAACAGGUGUGGAGACACCAUGCCGAGACACCAUCUUCCAUUCUUCAUUGCUGCAUUGCCACUGCCAUAUGGAGCUUCCCCUCCAACCUAAGUCAAACCACAGCAGGAAAUCCUCACAGAACAGAUGGAGAGAGGGAGCCAGAGCUCCUCGGAAUUAGACUGAUGACUCAGGAUGCAGCUUCUGAUCCACAUAGGCACGGGAGAGUGCACAUCCCCGAUUGGGAUGUUUUGUUUUAUUUGUAUGGGUGAGACAGACUAAUUCCACCAAUGAGUGGGCAUCUGUGUGGAGUGCUGCAUCCUCCUCUCCACAUCCAGCCUCUGUUCUGAUAGGUUUCUACUCAAUAAGUCCCAUGUCAGGUCAGAUAUAAAUAGAGCUGGCUGAGUCAAGCCUCUUCUUGACGUGCAGCCUUAAUGCUUUUCCCUUGGUUUUUUCUACUCUCUUAGUCUUCAUGAUUUCAGCCACUGAGGAGAGGGAUGGAGCCAAAGGGAAAACUUACGAAGCGGUACCAGCAACGGGUGGACAGGCAGAUCCCAGUGGAUCUGGCUAUUCCUUGUAAACAUGCCAAUACCGAAGGAUAUGGGUGUGUAACCCACUAGGCACAAAAGCACUCCCAGCCUCUCAAAGCCACUCCAUUCUAUUCCACCACUAUUCCCUUGUGAAUCAGCCCCAGGCACUUAGCAUCCCUGGCAUUGGAGGCCUGCAUUUACAUCUAGUGGGGUGAAUAGUAAUAGAGAAGUAGCCGUGUUAGUCUGAUCUGCCAAUUCUCGUCCAGAAUAUGAUCUGAGGAAGUGGGUCUGGCCCACGAAAGCGCAUCACCUAUUAAACUAUCUUGUUAGUUUUUAAAGUGCUACAUAGUUUUUCCUUUUAUCUAAUCAGGUGGAUUUUUUUUGCCAUCUUAAAGCAAGACAUCCUGAAAUGGUUAUCAGCUAAUAGCUAAAGUCACCCCAGCAGGUAGAUAAGUAUCCACUGUUUUUGUAGACCCUGCAAAAAAAGUUGAAUUUUAUACUCUGUGCUGGGAGCAGGUAACUGAUCAUCCCUCUCCUCAGAGCCCUGUAAGGUUUGUUGCUUCUGUUAUUUUGCAAACAAAAUAACAGUCAUGUGCAUUUCAGCUGGUUUCUAAACCCCGGGGGGAAAAUCAGUGUUUGAUGAAAGGGAAAAGGAUCAAAGUGGCUGGGUGGGACAUUUUUUAUUUGCAAUUAGCUGCAAGGGUUUUACAAACAAUAAAGAAUACAAAGCACAAAGAUAAGGUCCCUUUAAUGGCAUCACUUUGUUUGCUGGCAUAGCUGCAGUAGAAGAGAAACCCCUGUGUUGUGGGUUUGGUAAGUGCUACUAUCCUGGAUGGACUUGUAUUGGCUUCAUAUACAGUUUGCAUCCAUUUUCAGCGACCAGUCAGCCAGUGCCCCACCAGGCCCUCCAAGGGGGAGACCACACCUCAGACAGACUCCUCUUCAGCUUCUAUCCCAGCACUUUCCAGCAUAAUGAACCUGCCUUUCAUUCCAGUGGGCUUCCCUAGUUGUGGGAUAGAGAAAUACUGGUAUCUACAGAAGCAGCUUUUUUAUGUGAAACCACAGGAGUUUGGACUCUUGAUGCAGCCCAUCUGAACACAUUUCUGCUCUGGUUCCCUGCCAUUCCUCACCUGCUUUUCCUCUCCUGUUCCUGCACAGAAGAGGAACCCUGCCACAGAGCAUCUUCAGAAAAGUAUCAAAGAAAUCUUGGUGAAGAGGCUUGUUUGAACAGCUUAUGAGUUUUCCUUUCGCAUCCCAUCCCACACUCCUUUCAGAGACAGAAGUUCCUUAUACCUUUGGCGUCUUAGCACCAGAGGAAUUCUGCUUGCAGGCCAGGCUUCUAUGUAUAGAACUAAGGGUUUUGGUUUGACUUUAUUAUUAUUAUUAUUAUUAUUUUGUAUCAGAUAUAUUUUUCCAGAUUAUAUUUUUCCUUCAUAAGAGGGUUUUGUGCAUUUACAAAGCUGGCACUACCGUUGUCUGUACCAAUCAUGCACUGACCUGCACGUUGUAUAUGCAUUCAGUGUCUUUUCUGUCUGAUUACAUUUCUUCUCUGCACAAGUGUGUGGUUGUGCCUUUACUUGAUGAAUGGGAAUGUAGGUGGUUUUGGUUUAAAAAUACACAUAGACAUCUGCAAGGCACAAAAUCUUUCACCAAAAAUAUUUUUCUUCCCUUUUGUGUCAGUGAAAUUAUAGUGGGAUGUACAUAUCAGAGAGCUGGAGGAGAGUCUGCAAAAUUCACACCUCCCUGUGCCUGCUAAUCCCCCUGAACCCCAGGGGAAUUUACCACAUAGUAGUCAGCUAGUGCAGCUUUGAGUUGUGGUCAUGACUCAAGAAGAAAACCCUACUGACAGAGCCUGUGGGAAGUUACUGAAUCAAGGCAGCUUCUAGGUGCCUAAGCCAUGCCCUAGGCUGUCACCCACUUUUUCAGCUGCAGCAGCCUCUUGGGUCUUAGGAGGUUAAUCUUAUAUCUGGUUCAUCAUGGUUGGUGAAAGCUGGCCUAAGCCCAGGCUGAAUUUUGCCCACUCUCCUGAUCCUUUAUAUCCAGCCUUUUUUGUCCUAACUAUACACAUUACAUAUGCCAUCCUUCUGUGUGCGCCAGAAAAAAACUUCACCUGGAAAUACACUUAAGAACGGCCAUACUGCAUCAGACCAAAGGUCCUUCUAGCCCAGUAUCUUCUCUUCCCAUAAUUACCAACACCAGGUGCCCCAGAGGAAAUGGACAGGACAAAUAAUCAUCAAAUGAUCCCUCCCUUGUCACCCAUUCCCUGCCUCUGACAAACAGAGCUGAGGAACAGCAUCCCUGCCCAUCGUGGCUAAUAGCCAUUGAUGGACCUAUCAUCCAUGAAUUUGUCUAGUUCUUUUUUGAAUCCUAGCUUGGCCUUCACAACAUCAAAAGCUGCAAACAUGGCCUAUGAAAAAUAUUUACCAAUGACAAAUAAAAUGCCACUGUAAAAGGAGUCACAAAGCUUUCUCCCUCUGAUAUUUGAAAACAUAUUAGCAAAUCCCUUGCGCUACUUUGGAACAGCCUGGCUAUCGUCGCAAGCAAUGAACCACACUGCUGUCUGUGCUCCUUUAUUCUGAAUAAAGUGGGAAAGUUAUCACACUACAGUCCAUUGUUUAAAGUCAACCUGGGCAAAUCCAUCUGCAGUUCAAGAGCAAGGAGCUGGCAUGAUUUUUUAUUUUUAAUGUUGCAAUCAUACAACGCGUGCAGAGGUUUGCUUUGCUCUCUAUAUUUUGAAUCCUCUUUGAGGUAAGGGGGGGGAAUCAAAUCCAACUGUAUUUGCAACAACAGUAAUACAUGCAUAGAAUGCACAUAAUAUGAGUAAACCAGGCUGCUCUGCAGACACUCCCUCUGAUGUAGUAUCAAUGUAAUGUGUGUCCAUCCAUAGUUGUAUAAGACACUUGUGUUUCAAUCAUUUAAAAGCACACUAUCAAAUCUUUCUUACGUUAUUGCCACCAUCCAUGCUUAUUCAAAUUGACAGAGUUUGGAAAAUCAACGUUUUCAUCGUUUCUGCCAUUUUUUAUAAUCUGCAGCUCAGGUUGAGCAAUUAAAUUAGGUUGAGCUGUUUUGUUUUCAGUUCUGAUGCACUGGCUCCCUGCUACACUUGCAUUAGACCAUUUCAACUUUUAAAACCUCUAGCAUAGUUUCUGUACCUAUUAGGUGUAGCAAUACUUCAAUUUUUUUUUUUUUUAACUGAUCCUAAUUUCUGGGGCUAAGAGACUUGUUAUUAAACAAUUAAAAUGAUCAAUGUACUGCUGGUUUAAUUUUCUUUCUCCUUCAUUAGUUAUUACAGAUAACUCAUGAAAAUCAAUGUUUGACACAGGGCAAUGUCAUGUAAUCUCUACUUGCUCAUACGUAUGCACAACUCCUGUCAACAACUCCUGUCAAAACUAUUGGCAUUCAUGUGUAUCAAGUAAUGCUUCCUUUACAUGCCAGUUUAAAUUGGUACCAGUUGUUGCCACAACAGCAUUGAAUGUUUCGGUAAAGUGGCCUUCGAUGCAAGUAGGAGAGAGAGAGAGAGAGAGAGAGUGAGUGUGUGUGUGUGUGUGUGUGUGUGUGUUGCAAGUAGGAGUGUGUGUGUGUGUGUUGCAAGUAGGAGAGUGUGUGUGUAUGUGUGUUUCUAUCCCAGUGCUACCCAGGAGUGUUUGUGGGUUUUUUUAAAUCACUUUGAAUCUCUGUCUCUGACAAUUCAGUUAUAUAUCAAACAAGUUAGAACACAGCUGUUUUUCCCUCUCCUCCUAUAGUACUUGUUAAACUUUGUCAUUAAGAGUUUUGUUGUAAUAUCUAAAUGUGAAAUUAAAUAAAGCAAUAACUUGCUCCCGCUUUCUGUCAUUUCUGAAGGGAUAUA